AUGAUCGGUGCGAUGGAAUCCUCCCAAUCAGUGCCACGCUAUCAGAAGCCAUCGCGACCUCACCAUUCCAACAGCGCACCUGUCACUCCACCCAGCGUCCAGCGCAAACCUCACCCUACCCAUGAGACCGGGCGGCAUCCGGUAGCAAAUGCGAAUCACCGUCCACAUCCCUUACAUCCGUCUCCGCCGCCUCAGAAUUACGGUUUUGGACCACCCCCGUUGCAGCCCGCCCGUAAUCGACCUCCGCCGGCAUCACGGCCACCUCAGUCCCCCAAGCCGCCGCCUGUACAAGAUCCCGGUGGUGAUCCGCAGCAACUAUAUCCGUUGUUCUGUGCGGCCAAUGUGUCUAAUACCGGGGCACUGACUGAAAUGGAGCUGGGCUCCGCGCUCGUUAACGGCGACUACACUUCGUUCCACCCGAAGACGGUCAAGAUGAUGAUCCGCAUGUUCGACCGCAAUAGCAGCGGGGCAAUCUCCUUUGACGAAUUCAUGUCGCUAUGGCGCUACCUGGCCGCGUGGAGGGAACUUUUCGACCGGUUCGACGUGGACCGCAGCGGGCGGAUCAGUCUAAAGGAAUUCGAGCGCGCGUUAGUUUCGUUCGGGUACCGUUUGAGCCAGCCUUUUGUCUCCGUCUUAUUUACGACGUUUGAGCGGAAGGGGUGGGAAAUGAACGGACAUGGGCCAGUGAAGCGCGACAUGAGCUUCGAUCUCUUUGUGCAGGCGUGCAUAGCCUUGAGACGCAUGACGGACGUGUUUAAGCGAUAUGACGAUGAUCGCGACGGAUAUAUCACUGUGAGCUUUGAGGAGUUCCUGACCGAAAUCCUUCAGCUGCAGGAUUAG